AUGCCUACACUUCGUAGUCUUCGAAUAGUAUUUAAGAAAAAGACUUUCGAAUCCGCUAUCGAAAUUGAUGAUUGGAAACACUUCAUUCGAACUAAAAAAUCUUUAUUAGCUCGAUGUGAAUUUUGUUUUUCUUAUGAUAUGUUAUCAAGCAAUUGGAUUAGUCUUGACGCACUCACUGCUCCAUUUCGAACAACAUUUUGGCUCCAUGAAAAGCAUUGGUUUAUUAAAUGCAAAUGUCUCAUUAAUCAACCACAUGUGAUAUCACUUUAUACAGUACCAAAUAGUUUACCAUUAUAUCAUAUCCGAGGAAUUAGAUGUGCAAUUUCAUCGAAAGAUAAUACUUAUUAUCUAACAACACGAUCAAACACAAAAAAAUGUUGA